CACCUUCCCCCAAACUUGAUAAGACCAGUCAAAUGCAAGGGAAUGAGCCAGAAAAAAAGAUUUAAACUUUGGCCAAUUUUUUUUUGUCAUAUCUGUCUCUUCAUAUUUAUAUAAACCUGGCCCUUUGGGAUUUUCAUUUUCUCAAACCCAAUGUUAUUUUCUCUCUUGGCUACAUCCUAAUAUCAUAUAUUUUUACGAUUUCUUUUGAAGCCUUCCACUGGAUUCCAAAACAAAUCAUAAACUAAACAAAGAAGAUAUAUUUAACAAAAAGAUGGCUGCUUUUUCAUCAUAUCAAUUACAGCACACGAACUCUUCUCUUCUUGACACAGUAUUUUUGCCAAGUUCUCCCAUAAAGAUGUCUGGCUUUUUGACAGAACAAAACAAUUCUUGUACAAUCCAGAAUUGUUUUUCUCAAUUUUACCAACCAGAAUUCCCUGCCAAUGUGAUUGUUCAUGAAAAUAGCCCAAAUGUUACUACUACUACUGCUGCUACUCUUAGCCAAAAUGAGCCUUAUUCUGUCACCAACAAAAGUAGCAGCAGUAGCAGCUUGGAUAUGGAUUCUUCCUCUGUUACUGAUAAAAUUGAAAGUGAGAAUAAUAAGCCUAAUGUCACUCCUAUGGACAAGAAAAGAAAAUCCAGAGAAGGGUCUCCUUCUACUAGUUCUGCUCAUUCCAAGGGUGAUAAUGGCAAAAAGACGAAGAGCAAUAGCAAAUUAGUAGUCAAAGAGGAGAAGAAAGCUAAUGAAGAGGCACCAACAGACUAUAUUCAUGUUAGAGCAAGAAGGGGCCAGGCAACUGACAGCCAUAGUCUUGCUGAAAGGGUGAGGAGACAGAAAAUAAGUGAAAGGAUGAAGAAAUUGCAAUCUCUUGUUCCUGGUUGUGACAAGGUAACUGGGAAGGCCCUCGUGUUGGAUGAGAUAAUCAAUUAUGUCCAAACUUUGCAAAACCAAGUUGAGUUUCUCUCAACGAAACUUGCUUCUUUAAAUCCAAUGUACAAUGACUUUGGCAUGGACUUAGAUGCACUCAUGGACAGUCCUGAUGACCAGAAUUUGAGUGGCUUGGAGAUACCACUGCCAAAUAUUCAGCAAGUUAGCCCUACUACAUCAAAGGCAGCUGAAGUUAUUCCUAACACUAACAGCGGGUAUCCUUUUUUGGAUAAUUCAGCAUCACUCAUGUUUCAACAAGCCGAUUUCCCUAAUUCCAUUUCUCAGGGUAAUGGACAGCUCUUAUGGGGUUUGGAUGACCAAAAACCAAAAAUAAUACAUCAGUCAGGAUUCAGCAACAAUUUUUGUUCUUUCCAUUAAUAUAACACCAGGCCCUGUCCUACACAACAUCUGGGAAACAGUUCCUAAAUAUCUUGGAUUGUGCAAAAGAUAUUUAAGGCCAAGGAAUACUAGAAUAUGCAGGAUACAAUUGGCUAGGUGCAACAAAUGGAGAGGUUCUCAACCAAAAAAGUAUACCAGAACUGCAAGAGUUACCCGGAGGAGACUUAUAUGCAAUAAUCAUAGUGCCCAAAAAUGAAUAUUCAUUCUCAGGUUGGCUAUACAUGGAAGAUUGUAUACCAAAGACAGGAUUGCACAAUGGGGUAUAGAUACAAGUUUUAUUUGCCCACUCUGUAAUGUGGCAAAUGAGACCCUGCAACAUCUAUUCUUUGAAUGUUCUAUUAAAUUACUGGAAACAUAUGGAGGCAGUUGCUCAAAUGGUAGGGCAUUCACAGAAGCAACUUGGUAUGACAUGAUGAAUUGAACUGGGCUGAAAAAGUGUGCAAAAAGAAGCAUUGGAGAUGGAUAUACAAGUUCGCUUUAGCAGCAGCUGUGUACUACCCUGAGGCAGGAAAGUGAUAGAUUAUGUAAAAUAUUAAUUAGAAUAUUUUGUAGUCUACUAUUUUAGGUUAGCUAUUUUGUAUAUUGUGUAAUCUCCUAUUUUAGGUUAGAAUAUUUUUCUCCUAUUUUGUAUGUAAACCAAUUCAAGUAAUGAAAGGAUUCAGAGAAAAUAUUUCUUA